UGUCAACUAGGCAGCAGCGUUGGGAAGGAAUCUGGAGAAAUUCAUGCACAUUUCCUUGAUCAGAAUCUGCUCAUCAUGGUGUCGCACCUGUUUUCUGCUGGCACUGACAUGACAGGAAUCUGGAGAAAUUUAUGCACAUUUCCAUGAUCAGAAUCUGCUCAUCAUGGUGUCGCACCUGUUUUCUGCUGGCCCUGACAUGACAGGAAAGCAGAGUUUGGUUUGUCCUUUGUCAAACCACACAUUAACCAGUGUUGCAUUAGCUGAACAAUAGAGAUGAGCUGAUGCACCGUGACCACACUUCAGCGAUCUCAACACACAAACAAAGAUAUUUUCAGCAAUAUAAAAACUCCACCUACCUCAUCUCUUGGUUUGAAGGGUUGUUGUCGCCUGGUUGUGAGCGAAUGACUUUUCUGAUCUUCACUUCUCAUCUUUGAGCUCCUGAAAAAGAAGAUACACAGACAACAAUAUUCUAAGCAUCUGUUCUUCAUCUGAGGGGUUUGACUGAAUCAAGAUGCUGCUGAUCAUUGAAGCUCUUCUUCUCAUUUUAUCUGCUCUAGGACAGGAUCACAGAGAUGCUGUUGAAGGACAGAUAUAUCCACUGGAUAUGGCACCGAAUUCUGUUGAUGAUCAAUAUAAGGGCUGUAGAGAGAACAUGAAAAAACAGGUGGAGAGAAAGUAUCUGAAGAAGGAAACAUCUGACCCAGAAUCUGACUUGGCAUUUGCUUGGAAAGAUGCUGUAAAGAAACACAAGACACCAGGAGAUAACUUGACAAGAAAUCACUCAAUUGCCAUUUAUCUGUACACCAGCUCAGGUUUUGAAGUAUAUAAGAAUUUCAAUAAUGCUGUUCGUAAUGAUAAGAAAAAAUACAAAAACAGGACAUACGAAUGGUAUUCACUUUACUUUUUGUUAACAGACGCAAUACAGAUUCUGAAGAAAACACAAAAGAAAUGCUAUUCAACAUAUCGCGGAACAAAAAUGAAAUUUAAUAAGACUGUUCUGAAUAAAGAGGUUCGCUUCGGUUCAUUUACUUCUUCCUCUUUGAUUCUUAAGAGAACAAGCUUUUUUGGAAACGUAUCUUGUUUUAAAAUCCACACUUGUGAAGGUGCUGAUCUGACAAAAUAUUCUAAGCAUCCUGAGGAGAAAGAGGUGCUGAUUCCUCCUUAUGAGAAGUUUGAAGUCACUGCCGUCAGGACUAAAAGAGAUCAUAAAGAUCUCUGGUGUGAGACUGUGUUCAGUUUGAAAAGCUCUGGAACAAGAAGUGACCUGAACUGUGCUCUGUUCAAGAAACCAUUCAAGACAAAGUACUAAAGAUGGUACUGAAAAAAGCACAAUAUAAUCAUCAGUUCCAACAUUGUUUCUUUUGGUUUAGUUCGAUUAUUCUUUGUCAGAAAACACAAUUUGUUUAAUUUCAACAUAAUGAAAUAAAGUUAUUUUUAAGUGACCCAA